UUUGUUUGUUUGUUUGUUUUUUUGCUUCUUUAGAAAACCAAAUGUAGUUCUUUUAUACCAUUAUUUAAAACACACCCACACGCGCGCGCACAUUUUCAGUCACCUUUAAGUUUGAGUAUAAAGCAUUGACUUUCAGAUUUUUUCUUUUUUUUUCUUUCAGGUUUUGCAAUGUUUUGAUUAAAGGAAACAAUUUCCCCUUAACUCCUCUGUGUGUGUGUGUGUGUGUGUGUAUGUGUGUGUGUGUACGUGAGAUAGAGAGAGAGAGUGAGUGAGUGCGCGCGCGCUAGAGUAAGAUGAGGAGAUCAGAAGGAACACUUACUGUGUGUGUGAGUUUCUGUGUACGUGCGUGUGCGUGUUCCCACCCCUGGCUUUUUUGGAGGAAGUUGAACUCCAGAUGUGCAGUUCUGCACACUGAGCUUUAGAGAGCCUCUCGGCUUUUUCACCUGGUUUCUCUUUACUAUUCGGCGCCUUAGCUGGAGGUUCUCCCGUAAUGUAAAAAGCAAGUGGGCAACACACAGCCUGCACACUCCUCCAGAACCUCCUCCUGCAUCCUUCUCUUACCUCACCUCAGCUCUUCUCACCGCGGAGACAUCUGCAUGGAGAAAGAGAAAUAUUAUUGUUAAAAGUCCGAGUGGUGCUUCCCUGGAGCAGUUUGUGGGGAUUGCUGCAGCAGACCACCUCCUGAGCAUAAAGAGUGCACUCGCAUCUCAGGUGGACCAGCAAACAUCGGACAGCUUGCGAGAAAUAAAAUACUUUUGGAACCAGGACUUUCGACAACAAAUUUUUCCUUUCUUGAACCGUCAUUCAUUUUGUCAUGCAGUUGAUGUAAACUGACGCCACUGAUAAGGCAAAGGUGCUUCUGCUUCAUUCCACAAUGAAGGACGACUUUACCGAUGAGGAGGAAGUGCAAUCCUUUGGCUACAAACGGUUUGGUAUCCAGGAGGGGAAUGAAUGUACUAAAUGUAAAAACGACUGGGCACUAAGGGCAGCCAUUGCUCUCUUGUUCGUCCUGUGUGCACUGCUCACAAUAGCUGUGGCUGUAUUAGGAUACAAAGUGGUCCAGAGGAUGGAUGAUGUGACUGAGGGGAUGGAGAACUAUGAAAGCAAAAUGACUGCUGUAGAGACAGACUUGAAGAAGCUUGAUGAUCAAACGGGAGAGAAGUCAGAGAAUGCUACGAGUGAAAUCCUAUCAUUCAAGGCAGAAAUCCAGACAUUGCAAAACCAAAUUAAUGACAUUGCCGUGAGUGCAUCGAGCAACAGGGCAGCUUUGGAUCAGCUACGGGUUGUAGGUGAGGAUAUGCAGAGUGGCCAUGUAUCACUGAGAGACCUUCUGGAGAGCAAUACCAACACCAUCCUCACUGUCAAUCGUACACUAAGCACAUACAACAACCUGAUCGGUGGACUGAAGUCAGACACGGAACGGCUCCAAUCAGAUCUUCAGGUACAGACAAGGGAGCAGAGUCGCUCCACCCACAGCCUCAAUGUUCUUAAUUUCACUCAGAGCCAGCAAAGAAAUCUCAUCAGCACACUCCAGAGUUCAGUAGAGGAUACCAGCCAGGCAGUCCAGAAGCUGAAGAAUGACUACCAGAGCCUACAACAGGUGGCCAGGCAGACCAAGGCAGAUGCUGAUUGGCUCAGAGAAAAAGUGCAGAACCUCCAAUUGCUGACUGCUAACAACUCAGCACUGGCCCGUUCCAAUAGUGAUGCACUUGAGGACAUAACAUCACAGCUCAGUUCACUGUCCGAGCAGUUUCAGAACGCUUCGACUAUUACGGACAAUCAUGACCAGAAUCUGCGUGAGCUCAUGGAUCAGCAGCGCGAUCAUGACAAUGCCACCACCAACAGGUUUGACACUUUAGAGGCACGUCUGGAUCGCAACGAGGAGGACAUGGACCGCAUCACAGGGAAUGUGAGCUUUGCUACACAGCUGCUAGGAUCCAUCAGUACUGACCUGAAUGGUCUUCGCACCUGUUCUGAGACAGUAAUGAGACACUCGGACCUGCUGCUGAGCCUCAACAGCAGCAUUGUGGAAGCCAGAGUAGAUGGCAUUGAGCUCAAAACCCAGCAAGAAGAGCUUGCUGCCAGGCUUGACAAAGAAGUGAGCAGCCUCUCCAUAGUCAUGGAAGAAAUGAAACUGGUGGACAGCAAGCACUCCCAACUCAUAACCAACUUCACUAUCCUUCAAGGUCCACCUGGUCCCAGAGGCCCUCGGGGAGAUAGAGGACCCCAGGGGCCUGCAGGAAAACAAGGUGAGAAAGGUGACAGUGGAGAAAAAGGUGCUCCAGGUGUGCCUGGCCCUAAAGGGGACAAAGGCCCCCCCGGAAUUCCAGGCGUCCCUGGCUUCAAAGGUCCUCCUGGACCAAGGGGAAACCCUGGAUCAAAGGGCUCAAGAGGAUCAGGAGGUCGUGCUGGGCCUCCUGGUGAGAGGGGUGACCCUGGUUUACCUGGUCUUGCUGGCAGAGAUGGUCAACCAGGUUCUCAGGGGCCUCAGGGGCCUCCGGGUCCGCAAGGGCAAGCAGGACCUCCAGGACCACAAGGACCUCCGGGCCCUGCUGGUCCUAUUGGUCUACGGGGACCACCUGGCCCACCUGGACCUCCUCCUCAAGUGGCUAAACCUUUGCGACCAAUAGAACCACAAAGCGCUAUGUCUCGUCAAGUUUAUGAACCUCCUCCCACCAGCACAACAGGAUGCCCACCUCAGUGGAAGAGCUACAAAGACAAGUGCUACUACUUCUCCACUCCGUCAGAGCAAUUGAAUUUCGAUGAAGCAAAAGAAAUAUGCAAAAAUAAGACUUCUAUUAUGCUUACCAUCCAUAACGAGGAUGAACAGAUUUGGAUUCAGAGGCAAAUUGCAGGAAAGAGUUACUUCUGGCUGGGUCUUACAGACAUAGUACAGGAAAACAUCUGGAGAUGGGUCGAUGGGACCCUUCCCUCCUUUACGAACUGGAAACCAGGCCAACCAGAUAACUGGAGCCACGGCCAUGAAGAAGGAGAAGACUGCGCAGGACUCAUCCAUGAGGCCAAAAGUGACAGAGAGGAGAAAAGAAUAGCUUAGAUCUGUCUUGCUGUUGUUCCUGAUUAUAUCUCGGCGAUGCCUCUUUUCACGUCCAAUCCUUUUGAUCAAGAUGUUGAGAAAGCAACCAGUGAGAUGAACACGGCUGAGGACUGGGGCCUCAUACUGGACAUAUGCGAUAAGAUAGGACAGUCACGCACCGGACCUAAAGAAUGCCUUCGCUCCAUUAUGAGGCGAGUCAACCACAAGGAUCCCCAUGUAGCCAUGCAGGCUCUGACAUUAUUAGGGGCUUGUGUGUCAAACUGUGGGAAAAUCUUCCAUUUGGAGGUGUGCUCGCGAGAGUUUGCCAGUGAAGUUAGCAGUGUCUUAAACAAGGGCCACCCAAAAGUAUGUGAGAAGCUCAAGGCCCUCAUGGUGGAAUGGGCUGAGGACUUCCGAAACGACCCCCAGCUCAGUCUCAUAUCAGCUAUGAUCAAGAACCUGAGAGAGCAGGGUGUCACCUUCCCCGCUGUCGGCUCCCAGGCAGCAGAGCAAGCAAAAGCCAGCCCUGCCUUAGUGGCCAAAGACCCAGCAACAUCCACAACCAAGAAAGAGGAAGAGGACUUGGCCAAAGCCAUUGAGUUGUCCUUAAAGGAGCAGCGGCUGCAGAACCAGACCUCGUUCUCUGGGCUUUACCCAAGCGCCAGCAGCCUUCUCGCCUCCCACAAAGCAGAGGGAAGGAAAGUUCGGGCUAUUUAUGAUUUUGAGGCAGCAGAGGACAACGAGCUGACCUUCAAAUCUGGAGAGAUCAUCACCAUCUUAGAUGACAGUGACCCCAACUGGUGGAAAGGUGAGACGUAUCAGGGCGUGGGCCUUUUUCCAUCCAACUUUGUCACAGCAGACCUGACAGCAGAGCCAGAGAUGAUGAAAACGGAGAAAAAGACCGUGCAGUUCAGCGAGGACAUCCAGGUGGAGACCAUUGAACCGGAGCCUGAGCCUGUCUACAUAGACGAGGAGAAAAUGGAUCAGUUGCUCCAGAUGAUCCAGAGUGCAGAUCCAACAGAUAAUGAGUCAGACGCCUGUGAGCUGCUCCAGCUCGAGGCUGCCUGCAACCAAAUGGGUCCGCUCAUUGAUCAGAAACUGGAAGAAAUUGACAGGAAGCACUCAGAGCUGUCUGAGCUUAAUGUGAAGGUGAUGGAGGCACUCUCACUGUAUGCCAAGCUGAUGAAUGAGGACCCUGUGUAUGCCAUGUACGCCAAACUGCAGAGUCAGCAGUACUACAUGCAGCAGCCCGGCACCUCACAGCAGGUGUAUCCUGGGCAAACAUCUGCAGGACAGUAUGCGGUGGCUGCUACAGGGGUGCAGGGUUACAAUGUGGAGCAGAUUCCUGCCAUGAACCAGGCUCCUUUACCAGGCCAACCAGUGCCCAGUGAUAUGCACAUGUACAUAGGCCAGGCGCCCGUGUACAGCGCUCCUGCGGGCAGCAUGGCUCCUGCUGAAGUGCAGCAGGCAUACCAGAACACCGCCAGUGGACAGGCAGGCCUGACCCAAAAUCUCAGCUACAGCUGUGCCAAUCCUACAGACCCUCAACAGAGCCCUUACCCAGAAAAAGCCCUCUUAUAGGACCCCGAACACAUUUCUCUCUUCUCCAGUAUACAUACACACCCUUCUCAUGAACAAAGAGGUGCAAGCUAACACUAAAACAACAUGGCUGCACAGCACGGGUGCAGACUGAUCCGCACUCUUAGUUGACCGUCGUUGUUUCUGAUGAACGUACACAUGUCCAUACACACUACGCUCUUUCAGUAACGCACCCAGAGGGUAGAAACCCGUCUGUCUGACCAAGUAAACGACACCGAAUAUCGAUUCACUACUGACUGGUUACAUUAUGCAAUUUGAAGAAAGGCAGACAGAGGAGUCAGUCUCUCUCUAGCCAUCUCACUAGCUCUCUCUCUUUCUCUCGCCAUCUCCAUCUAUCUCUCUCUAUCAUGAUGCCUGUGUCUUUCUCUCACGCUAUAUCCUCUGUUUUGCUAUUUGUCUCUAUCUUCUCUCCAUCUUUCUUUCUAUUUCUCUACCUCGCUUAUCUGUCUGACUCGCUAGCUCCAUCCGACCAUUUUUGUCUCACCGUCUGUCUUUCACACUCUUUCUCCAGCUCUCUUUCUCUGUCUCGAUCUAUGUCUCUCAAGUUCUUUCUCGGUCCUUCACUCUUAAGUUAUUUGACUGCGUCGGUGCCACCCUAAUGCCUACUACAGAUUCACACUUACUUGUUUGGGGGGGGAACACAAGCGGAGCAUGCACAUGUACAUAAUUUCCCCUUCUGUUCUGGAACUUCUGACAGUCGCAGGUGUUUGUUGCUACAGGGUUUCAUAGGAGAAGUUUUCGUUUUCCUGCGAGGUCAGUCUGCAUACACGAGUGUACGGCCCUCGCGUGUCAUUAGUUCUCACAAAAAAAAAAAAAAAAGCAUAGCAGCCAUUCCACCUCUCCUGUCGGACUGUGUAGUACAGCAACAGCAUGGUCCCUAACAGAGUGGCGUAGUCCAUACAGCGCCUCCUGCAGUUCUCAGCAGGAUGGUGCAGCCCAUCUUCCUAGCUUCUUGAAACAUUUCUUUAACACAGUGUUAAAUUGAUUCUUAAUUGUAGUAUGUCUAUUUAUUUUGACUGUCAUUUUAAAUGCACUGUACUUUGAUAUAAGAGAAGAAUGAUAUUCUGCUUUAAAAUGUAGGUCUGUGUGUGUGUGUGUGUGUGUGUGUGUAUAUAUAUAUAUACAUAUAUACAUGUAUGUAUAUGUGUAUAUAUUUUAUAUAUAUAUAUAUAUAUAUAUAUAUAUAUGUAUAUGUGUAUAUAUAUAUAUGUGUGUAUAAUAUGAGAACCUGUGUUACAGCAGCUGCUCCUUCUGAUGAUGAAAGAGCACGGUGAAAGGCAUGUAGUAAUAUUACUCGAUGAUGUUAUGCACUUUUGAUUUUGACUCACAGUCUCAAGUUUGAGCUCACCUCAAGUUGUUAAACAUUUUAACCACGGACGGACUAAAGCGGCUAACGGAAAGAUCCGGAUAUUUAGGCGCUGGGAAUUUUACGAUUUCAAAAACACUAAAAAAAAAAAAAAUGGCCUUGUACGUUUUGAGACGUCUCGAUUCCCCUGCAUCGAGAACCAGUUGUGUAUGAUGUAUAUGUGGGAAUGAGUGUCGUCCACCCUAACGUCACUACAUUUUUAAUCAUUUUGGAAGAUUUGCGUAGGCUGAAAUCGAGUUCGUUAGGAUCAGAGGUCGUAUCCUCUUUGCCCUGGUAUCAUAUGUGUAGGUGGAAUAGCUAAAUAUUAAAGAGUUGUUCAAAGAUCUCGACCUGGGGACAAUGAGCCAGUUCCACGGUGGUCCACUGCUUUUUACACACAGCUGUGAUCCUGAUAGAAACUUUAUUCACAGGGAGAAUGUUUCCAUGUUUUAACGGUUCUUGGUGUAUCAGUUCAGUUAAAUGUAUCUAGUUGUUUAUGUACUAUUUUAAUCAUCUGAAUGAUUAGUAUUCACAAUAAAAUUAGCCCAAAUAUACA